GAAACAGAGGGGAAACCUGAGAACGCCAAAAACAAAUACAUUUUUCCAAAGAUUUUACUUAGCUGAUCGAUUAUAAGUAAUAUAGAAAUGAUAAUAUAAGCCCCAAGUAUCACUAUGAGCAGUUUAGGCGAUGCAUCCAUUGGGAUUUGGUCUUUUAUUCCGUCACCUCACCCAACUGACAAGUGUGGAACAAAUGGUCUACCUCUUACACCCAACUCUAUUGUGGUCAUGGGAAGGUUUGAGUCUCUGAAGACCUUUUAUCAUGAGAAUGUAUGUCAGUAUUUGGAAAUAGUGAGGGCAAAACAUGAAAGACUCAUUGUUGCAGAAGAAUAUCAUGAAAAUAAUUUGUACAAAUUGAUGCAAGAAGUAAAGUUAUUCAGCAAUGAAGAAUUGACAAGUAUCAUGUUUGACACAAUUCAAGGCCUUGCCUUCCUCAACAAUCAUGGCAUUGUAAGCAGAAAUGUGUCUCCAAAAAAUAUAGUUCUUGAUUCAAAGGGUAAAGCUAAGCAUUCUAAGUAUGGAUUGUAUCACAUGACAGCUAAUGGAUCAUUGGUUGCUUUUCCUAUUGGAUCUCCUAAGUAUAUAGCACCAGAGGUACUUGCAUCAGGUCCAGGCUUAUCUCCAGUGUAUGGUCCAUCCAGCUAUAAGGUUGAUGUAUGGUCCGUUGGUAUGGUUCUGUUAAAUCUCAUUAUGGAAGGAUCUUUAUGGCAAGAUGUUGACGAAUGUAAUGAAGUCCAGAAAAUUUUUGAAAAGAUUUUUGGCCUUGUAAAAAGACAAAAAGAAACAUUUGAACAUUGCUUAAAUAUUUUAAUCAAUGACCAUAAAGUACCAGAGAAAUUGCAGAAUCUAAAGCCUGAACUUAUUUCAUUCUUAAAAGUAUGCCUUACAGUCAAGCCAUCAGAAAGACCAUCAGCUGUGGAACUUCUWAACCAUGAAUUGUUUUCCUGUUUUGACCAAAACAAGAUAUCCUUAGAAAAUGGAUUACUCUCAUUUCCAUCAGUUAACCGUUCUGCUGGAAUUGAACUCUCGGAUUUACGCAAUGAGGCAAACAAAUAUGCUUACAUCAUAGACUUCUUCUUUGGAGAGAUUUUACGAACUACAUACGAUUGUUUUGAUAAAGACUCCAAUUCAUCAAACUCAACCAAUUCUGUUAUGCUGAUUACAUUUCCCUCUGCAAGAGAAAAAGUAUUGGCAGUGUUGGUUUUGUAUCUGUACUCCUACAUUGUAAUGUGGAAAGUGUUUCGUGAAACAGUCUGGGGUAURYAAUACACUGCGGAAACUUUCUGGAUCGCUGUAUGGAUAUCUGGAGUCCUUGUUUGGAUCCAUCCAUUUUUAGCUCAGAUUCGUUUGAACGUAUCUCAUCAGUAUUCCAAAUACAGACUUGGAAGGACAUACUUCUCCCCCGAGAGCUCAGCAAGAACAUCUUGUAUUACUUGCAGGGACAUUUUGAGAUGGCUUUGUUGUUUCUCGCCUCCAGAAGAACAUGUUAGCAACAGACCGUUGACGCUAGCUGAUUUAAUGGAUACCCAACCAGAAUACACUUGUAAUGUAACUGUUAACAACUGGAGAAAAACAGGUGCAGAAGGUGAGGUCGACUUUGAAGUUCUUACCAUAUCACCCAAGGCAAUUCAACGCCUAGAUCAUCAAAGCGACGAAAAGGAAUUUGACGCGGAAGGAUUCGUAAAACCACGCGAUUUGAAAUUGUCCACUGCGAUGGCAACAUCUGCAGCUGUGCUGUCUUAUGAACUUGGAGGUAUACAAGGCUCAAACAAACCCUUUCGUCAAAUGAGAAUCUUGCUUGGAUUGAGUCUUGGUACAAGUAUUGUUACACAACCAGAACUGACAAUGGAUUGGUGUUCGAAGAUUUUCCCUCUUAUUGUUCAGUUGUUUCUUGGGAUUUCAACGACAUUCAUUCCUAUCCUUCGUUAUUUCGAGAAUGACCUCGAGACUGGAAUGGUAUGGGAAACUAUAGGAACGAUGAUAUUUGCUUGUCUUGUACUUGUCUUYAUWCUUAUUGCUGUUAUACCAACUGGUUCACAACAUCCUGGUUUGAUUGAAAGAUUUGCUAGGUGGUGUAUUAUCAACAUUUAUCAUGUUCGGCUGAUACGGCAACURAUAGGAGUGACAAAUACAGGACCUACCCCUCCCCCGGUCAUGUCCUUGAGUGACGGUGGCCACGUUGAAAACCUUGGUCUGCUUGCUUUGCUGAAGCAUCGGUUGCCGCGCAUUGUCGUAGUAAACGGAGGAGCUGUGGAAAAUYGUGAUAAUUAUGCAUCAGACCUCCUGAGAACAUUGGAUCAAGCUCGCCAGAAACUGCAGUGCUCUUUUACAGGGGUCAGCGGUCGGGACAUUUUAGAAGACGUUCGAGCAGAGUUCGUAGAAAAGCCACCCGGAAAUAAACCGAGGAGUUAUCGAUUUAAAGUUACGUACUACGAACAAUGUGGACCAAACAUCGGGAAGGCAGUUGGCGAAGGAGAGGUUUUGAUGUUAAUGCCAAGACACCCAGACGAUGGAAUGAAUCAAUUCCAAGAUUGCAAAUGGAGUGAUUUUGAUGGUGAUGUCAAACUAGACUUGGACGAGUCGGUCUGGGGACCAGGACCAGCGCUGCGCACUUCAGAAGUUGAUUUCUUGUCAGGAUGUUGCUGUGAGUGCUGUCACGUGAAGCUGCCAUUUGAUACUUUCAAUGGAUUUCCCUUCCAUUCGACUGCUAACCAAAUGUUUACUGCAACACAGUUCACUGCGUACCACAGAGAAGGCUAUCACGCAUGCCUUGAAGCUGAAGCCGCUGAAUUCUUGAUGAACGGUCCAAAAAAGUCAAACGUCGUGACUGCAGAACCACAACUUCCUGAAUUGCGCAACGUUUCAACUGUUGUUCUAGUUGAAAAACAAUGCAGACCUUUGAAUGAAGUCCAUCACUUAUGGUGCCUAGCUGGGGGCGAUGUUGAGGGAGAAUUYAAAAAACAAGGAUUAAUUAAGACCAAAGCACCAAUAUUAUCGCUGCCUAACYUAUUUCUUAACACUGGUGUUGAGAUGGGAGCCGAGAAGGACAAAAUCCUAUUGUUUGAUGAAACCACCAUUUCGUUAUCACUCUCACAGCUCAGAGAGAGGCUGAAACACGUUGGCUUGAGUUCGUAUUAUCCACUUAUCGAAGAAAACGAUCUAGCAUCCCGGUCAGCUAUGCUUGARAUUGCUGAUUUGCCGCUGGUUAUUAGGGAACGAACAGUGGAUUAUCAGUUUCAUCGAAUUGUCCUUUUUCAAAGACUCCUACUUGGUUAUCCUUACACGAGGGACAGACUUGUACGAGAAGCCCGUACUGACAUCCCUCCUUUCCUAAGAGCAAAGAUUUGGGCUGGUUUGCUSGGUGUACAGGGUGACACUCAGGGAAACUACGACAAUAUCGAUAAAGAAUCGCCUUGUAAUGCAGAUAGACAGAUUGAAGUUGAUAUUCCUCGUUGUCAUCAAUACGAUCCGUUGUUAUCGUCACCUACUGCUCACGAGAAAUUUAAAAGAGUUUUAAAGGCCUGGGUCGUUUCUCACCCUCACUUGGGAUACUGGCAGGGACUUGAUUCACUUUGUGCUCCUUUCUUAUCGCUGCAUUUCAAUGAUGAAGCCUUGGCAUAUGCAUGCAUGUCGGCAUUUGUCCCUAAGUACUUGUACAACUUCUUCCUCAAAGACAAUGCUCCCAUUAUUCAAGAAUAUCUUGCUGUUUUCUCACAACUUAUCGCCUUUCAUGACCCGGAACUGUUUUCACAUAUGCAAAACAUAGGAUUUAUUCCAGAGCUGUAUGCAAUUCCAUGGUUUCUGACGAUGUUCUGCCAUGUCUUUCCUUUACAUAAGAUCUAUCAUUUGUGGGACACACUCUUACUUGGAAACUCGUCUUUUCCUCUUUGUAUCGGGGUCGCCAUUCUGCAGCAACUGAGAGAUCAGCUACUGUCGUUUGGAUUCAAUGAAUGUAUUUUGUUGUUUUCUGAUAUGCCAGGAAUAGACAUCGACCGCGUUGUGAGAGAUUCCAAGAAGAUAUUUUCCUGGACACCAAGAACUGCUUCAUUAAGAAGGCACGAGUAUGCUAUUGCAAACUCGAAAGGAAAGCCGGAGAAAGAUUUCCUGCCCUUGAAACACCUCAAAGAAGAAGUUUGUCCUAGAAUUACAGCACAAGAUUUGGUACACAUAAUGGAGCUUGGUAACAACAUUCAAUCGUGGACGAUAGGGUCCCCCAAGAAGAACGCAAAGCCACGCGGUAUKGUAAUGGAUGUACGAGCACCAGAAGAGUUCCAUCGCGGACAUAUACCAGGAAGUGUAAACAUCCCAUUUAACCAGGCGUUCCUGGAAGAUGGCGCUCUGGCCGAGUCCACUGCUUCCAACACACUUGCUACUUUUAAAGGCAAAAUCGUUAUAGUUAUGGGAACUAAGACCAACUACCCUGCAAAGAUUGGCGCAGAACUCGUGAAGUUAAGUUUUCCACGAGUGUGUGUACUAGAAGAGCAAGGAAUCGGUGUACUCAGAUCUAUGGCUAUGAUGAGUGAUCACGCUUGAAAUGCUGACUGAAGUGCUUGUCAUUCUCGUUCCCAGACCCACAGUCCACGGUGGUGCGUGCGUAAGCCAGAGGAAAUAGGGAUCUGGGGACGAGAUAGAAUUUCCUGUAGCUUUUGAAAUAGCUUCAUAGAGUAUUACACAGGACUAUGCCGAAACGUGAUUUGGAAAUAKAAAUUGUCACGAAUAGUAAAUGUACGUUCCUCUUAUUACAAGGAGCUAUAAACAAUUCAGUGUUGUUGUAAGCAUAAAUAAAUAUUGAAUGCAAAAUAGUGAAAUUAAAAAUGUUUAUGAUUAUA